AUGGGUCCGGGUAGCCGAAGGGCUACUUGUAACGGUGAGAAAUUUGCAAGAUGCAUAACAGUUUACAGCGUCAGUCUUACUGGUGUUGCAUUUGUGGAUGUUUGUUUCGCCUUUGGUAUGUAUCAGUCAGGAAUUUGGGAAGAUGUGUAUGCAAACGCAGGUGGAUCAGGAAAUGUUGUGCAGUAUGUGAGGUCGGCAUGCGACACAAAUGAGACAACUAUAACCUUCUCAACGUCCAGUUAA